UAAUAUUAGCAAACAAGCUUCAAUCGAUCAGUCAAUCAAUCAAUCAAUCAAUCAAUCAAUUAAUCAAUCAAGCUUUAAAAACUUAUUCUUUGUUAGAUGGAUAUUGUCGAGGACCAAGUCCUUCGCAAGGCUCAACGUGGCUUACUCUUUGGUAAACCAAAGUUUGGAAUUUUUGUGACGGCCUUGUACAAAGAAGACCUGGAUGUAGACGACCCUUCAGUGCACAGUGGAAUUCUGGGAGCAGCCUGUGACGUCAUAAAGUACGCGCUAGAAUUGGAGAAAGCCGAAGGAAAUGAAUCCCGGACCAGAGCAAUCGUCGCCUUUGACCCAAACCAGUGGAGCAAGUGGUACAAAGAUGAUCCAAAACUGGCAAAUCUAGACCUUCGAGAUCCGGGACGUCGCCUUAUUCCUGACUCUCAGAAGUUCCUGGACACCGGUGGAGAUGUGUUCUUCUUACUCAAAUCAGACGCGCAGGGUGAACUGGAGAAAGUUCUUACUCACCUUCAGGACAAAAUGAAAGAUUAUUGCAGGUGCUUUGAUGUGACAAGAUCCCAGCCCCCCAGUAAGGUAAGGCUAUGAAUGUUUUAAUGAAGCUCAAAAAUAAGGCUUGAGUUUUACUGAGCCCUAAAAGACCCCACUUUGAAACGGACAGAGAACGUUUCCUCUAGUUUCCUCUAAUGCAUCCCUAAAGUGCCGUAAAAGCUAAGAACUAUGGCAUAUUGCCCUGAACACCCUAAGAGAGACUAAAAUCCAUAAUUUACACCUUUAAGCGAGACGACGAGCAACCUC